AUGAUGAUGAUGAAUACACCAGACGAUGUCCGCCACGCCUUCUCAAUAUCUGGAUUUCUAUAUAUGAAGCAGAAUGGAGGAACACUCGCAAUAUGGAGGCCAAAGCGUCGAUUUCACUUUGCGAUUGAUGAAAUUUGCGAAGAACUAAUUUAUCACAAGUCUGAGGUUGAUUUCGUACAACAUCGCGAGCCACUUGGAACAUUUCCAAUUUCGACGGCAGUCAUUACGUUGAACGAAAACAAUAAUUGUUCAUUCAUUCUUCAUUAUUCCGAUAAAAAUAUUGAGUUGGAAGCUGAAAACGAGAAAAGCUGCCGCUCUUGGCUCAAUAUUCUUUCAAACAGGUAUUCCGAAGCGGAUAAUCUCAAAUUCUCGAUGGACAUGUUUCGAAAAAUAAAGCAUAGCUCCAGUCUUCCUGAUCGAUAUUUGAUAGAUAAUGACAUGGAUGAUUGGGUUUCGCAUUGGUUACAAAAUGAAAAAUUCCAAAAUUGUUCGACGCCCACCGACCCUACUACAGCUCCUUCUACAACAAUCGAUAGUCAAACUGGAAGUUGCAGCAGCAGUGAAAGAGCGGAUAAUGAUGAAAUUGAACAUUUGCGAGAAAUAACCAACAAUCAGAAAACGAAAAUCGAAGAGCUCAAAAAUGAAAUGAAUUCUUUAACGAAACAUUUAGACGAAAUGAGGAAAAAUACUGAUCUCCCAAACCUUUCUGAUCGUGAAAACUUAGCGACUCAGAAUAAGUUUUUGAAUUCUGAAAUUCUUCGGAUAAGUGCAAAAUGUGAAAUUUUAGAACUCCAAGCUGGAAAAAGCAGAAUGGAAAACAGAAGAUUAUUUAACGAGCUUCAAAUGCUUCGGUGUGAUUACGUUUAUGCCGUGCAGUCAACAAUACGAAUACCGUUGCAUGACAGUACUGCAAUGGAUGUAAUGAGCAUGAAAUUGCUCGGCGGCGACGCACACAAAUCUCGUUUAAUUCAAUUAAUGGCUGAAGCAAGGCAAGAUGACCCAAGUCUUCCAACAUUACAAAGUCUGCUGCUCGGAAUCUACGUGGAUUCGUUUGGAUUCCGAGUAUCUUUCAAAGAUGAGGCCAUUGCAUUGCACUAUAUGGCAACGAAAUUACAUCAGUUUUACGCAAGUCGUUCACAAGCCGCACUUGAGCAUAAGAAAAAUUGGAAAAAAUUUCUGGAAGAACAAAGCUAUAUUGAAUUGAAUAGUGAAACAAAAGAAAUGUGCCGUCGUGGUAUUCCAAACUCAUUAAGAGCAACUGUGUGGAGAAUAUUGAUAAAUCAGCAGGUCGAAGAUUUGAAGUCAGCUUAUGGGAAAUAUUAUUUCCGCAAUUUGUGCAAUACUCAAAGUGGAGAGGAUGAGAAACUUUACUCUGAUGUUCAUCAGAAGCAGAUAAAUCUUGAUUUGCUACGCACAAUGCCGAGUAAUGUACAUUUCAUGAGUGCGAAUAGUAAAGGGGUGACACAGCUUCUUCAAGUGUUGCACGCUUUCUGCUUACAUAAUCCUCAAAUUGGAUAUUGUCAAGGAAUGAAUUUUUUAGCUGCAACUGCUUUAUUAUUUGUCGGUCCCGAGGAUGCGUUCUGGUUUUUGAUAGCAAUUACCGAGCGAUAUUUUGAUAAAACUUACUUUGACAGUAAUCUAACCGGCGCACAAGCUGAUCAGGAAGUAUUUAAAGAGCUAUUGGAAGUACAAUGUCCAAAAAUCAUGCGGCAUUUAAAUUCUCUUGAUAUCGAUGUCGCUUCAAUCACAUUAAAUUGGUUUAUUGCAUUAUUUUUCGACGCGGUUCCCUUCAAUACAUUAUUACGCAUCUGGGAUUGUUUUCUAUUAGAGGGUCCAAAGGUUUUAUUCAGAUUUGCUAUUGUAUUGAUUGCAAGACACGAAGAAGAAAUAACAAGUCGGAAUGACGCCAUUGGAAUUAUGCGAGUUUCCAAAGCUGCAAGUCGUUUAGCAUUUGAUGAAAACGCGAUUGUCGAUUUGGCUUUCCGCUUGGCGAAUCUUCCAUCAAGAGGUGAAUUGAAAAGUUUACAAAUGCAAUAUGUGGCAGUGCUUGGUGAGAAAUUGGAAAAGAAAACUAAACGAGCAAGUGCAUUCGUGAAUAGCUUAACAGAUAAUAUUGCAAACGACAAAAUGAUCACAAAUUUAUUUGUUGAUGGGUUCUCAUCAAAUAAUGCUUAUGUUGUCUCUGGUCAUCAUAUGCUCGGUAAAGUCGCAAAAAUCAAGAUAGUCAAUGACCGCGCAUUUAUGAAAGACAUUGAUAUUGAGUUUGACUGUCGAAUUAUGGCAAUUUGCACAGUGAAAAGUGAUAUGGCUUAUGUCAGCCUUGUGUCGGGAUAUGUUAUCGCUGCGCAUAUUGGUUAUGAUGACGAAUGGAGCAUUUUGUGGGAAUUAAAAUUACCGGAUGUUGCUACAUUCCUUAUUAAUCGAGAGGACACACUAUUUGCUGGGUUGGCGAAUGGGACCAUGACGGUGUUUGAGAAUGCCGCUGAUAAAUGGCCAACAAGCGUUCAAAUGUGGCAUCUUCCAUUAAGUUCAUCCCCAUUAAUGAACGCUGUUCUUCAUGACGAUCUCUUGAUUGUCGCAACUGCUUGUAAACUGAUUACAUUGGAUGCGAUUUCUUUAACAUUGUUAUCAACAAGUCAUGUCGCUUCAUCAAAUACCGGAUCGGGUGUGUUCUAUUUUGAUAAAAUAACUUGUUUGUGUGAGUCGUCUCAUGGAAUAUUUCUCACUACUGACCAUUCAACUCUAAUCCAAUUAUGGAACGAAACAACUUGUAAUUUGUUAUACGAUAUAAUUUUUGAUCACAAAACAAGAAAACCUUCUCUAACAGAGUCUGAAGCCAUUACUUAUAUCGAAUCGAUAUUAUUCAUCGAUUCCCAUUUAUGGAUUGGAACAUCGGAUGGUUAUGUGUUUGUAUAUAGCGUGGAGAGUUACGUUGAUUCGGACAAUGAUGACGUCAAAUAUAGGCUGAAAAGGUUUCCUAACGAGAAACGACAUAACAAGUCAAGUUUGAUGCGAUCACAGAAACUUGGAUCAGUUAUUGAAAAUAGUGAGGAGAGCGACUCGGCUGAUCAGGUUUUCCCACCAACUGACAAUAAGAAAAGAGCAAGCCGAGUUAGUAUCAAUAUCGAUCGGGAAACGCAACAAUACAGUGUAUCAACAAAUAUUCAAACAUCGAAAGAUAUUGAUGAGCAACCCAGUAGUUCUUCAAGGCUUAAUAGUGGUUCAAACCGAACUAUACGUUCACCAAUCAAGAAAGGAUACAGUGCGGAUUCAGCAGUUUCAGUUUUUAGUUCAGAUGAGUUGAUUGAGAAAUGCGAGCAAGAAUUUGCAGUACCAAAAAAGGAAUAUAUUCUUACCAAGACGCACGCCACUCGAUUGCUCAGUUCAACAGAUUCCAGCUGUACUUCAAUGGAAUUCGAUGACACUUUUGAGUUGUAUUCGGACGAAGAACGGUCGCGGAGACAAAUCGCAAUACAUUCUCCAAAGAAAAAAGCAUGCGCUUCUCAAAAAGAAGUAUUUCUGAAGCGGAGAGAUUUAAAAUUCGACGAGCCAUAUUUGAUACCAAUAACCGACAACAAUGAUCGUGAUGAGCUGGAAGUUGAAUCGUGCCCAGUCAACUCAACUGUCAAACUCAAUUUAUUAAUGAAACUAAAAAUUUCCGAUUAUUCUGUGAAAAGAAUCGUUUGUUGUGGAAAUAAUAAUGUUUUAACCUGUUCUGGAGAGUUUGGUGCUGAUGAAGCAGUUCUUUUAUGGCGCAAAGAUUACGUCUCAAAUAUUUGGAUAAACGAUCCGGUUAUUCACAGUGCUGCGCCAUCAACACGAAAUAGCCACACAACACCAAACUUAAACAAUGGGUUGUAA